AUGUUAUAUUUGAAAUAUUUUGGUGCGAUAUUCUUCGACUCGAAUAACGAUAACGACGUGUGCCAAAUCGUUUACUCCGUUAUACUAUUUAUCACUGGCAUAAUUAUGGCGAUUAUGUCGCCCUACGUAGUACUCGAGUUUGAUGACUGGUCAGAAGCAUUUUCAAUGUCUAUGUCGCUGAUAAUAUGUACUAUAGUGAAUAUUUCUUCAUGUAUAUCAAGAAUGGUCUUUAUAUACAACGUCAAGUUUAAAUAUCAAAAGUAUAAGACGACAUUGGAGGGAUUCGAGAUUUACAUACCAACGGACACCGUCGCAUUGAAACACAUCAAAUAUUUUUCUUUCUUCGUGAUUUUCUUGUGCAUGAGUUUUAUCAUACCUAUAAAUGGCUUAAAAAUGUAUUACAUAUUUAAUAAUCACGUCAAUCCCAUUUUGAUGACGAUGUAUUUUUUGUUCUAUUACAUUCACAACCUGAGCAUGGUGUGCACGGAAUUGCACUUCGCCAUCCAGUGUUUUGUGGUGUACACGAAGUUUCGAGAUAUACACGAGAAGUUAAUUCAAAUAAACGACGAACAAAACUACUACAACUACAAUGUACGAUAUCCGUUUACUGUAAACCGAAUGACUCCUAAGAGGAAUGAUGCUACGUCGCUGUGUGAUAUCAUAUACGAAAAAGAUUUUUACUGUUCAAAGGACAAAGUAAGUCCAUUGGCGAACACUAUCGAACUUUUGAGAAUUAAAUAUUGGUUAACUCGAGAAGCUGUGAAUGACCUAAAAGGAUUGUUUGGUUUUCAAAUGGGUCUGUCGAUCAUUUGCAUAGCGACAUUGACAUUAUUCGAUAUUUAUACGGAAGUAUUUUAUUCGAGGGCAUACAGUGCAUAUUAUAUACCCGUAUUUCGAUCCAAUUUUCUAUUUAUUGGGUGGAUUUUACAAUAUUCUUCAAGGAUUUGUACCAUCGUUUUCACAGCAAACACUGCAACUAAACAGGUGGUUAAAAUCAAAAAGCUUAUAGCAGAAAUGAACAACCGAUACUUAGAUUGUAGUACGAAAGAAGAGUUACACUUAUUUUAUUAUCAACUAUCCAUUUGUCCAUCGGAGUUUACCAUUUUUGAUACCUUCACUAUAAACAAUGGUAUCAUAACUUCGGCAAUCGCUGCUGGGUCAACAUACAUCCUAAUACUAGUACAAAUUCAUUCUGAAAAAUAA